GUGAGAAGAGAAAGUGCAUCAGUACGGGGAAAACCAGCCUAGGGGGCACUUCCGAGCAAGCGACCGAGCAGAGAGAUUGCAAGGGCCAGGCAGAGACAAAGAGAAGGGAGGACAUGAGCGAAGGCAAAGGGAGAGGGCAGGGGAUCAGCUGAGUUAAGUCACGCAAGAAAAGCUCUUCCCCUCCGGCACAUCCCUAAGAAGUAGAGGGACAGGUUCCCCCCUUUGGCGAGAAGACAAAGAAGCAAGUGGCCCCAUGGGGAAAGGGGGUGAGAAAGGAGGGGAGUCGGGGGAGCCGGAGGCGCAGAUCCACUUCUACACCUGGGAGGAGAUCCAGAAGCACAACCUGAGGACGGACAAGUGGCUGGUGAUAGAGCGAAAGGUUUAUAAUAUCACCAAGUGGGCAAACAGACACCCGGGGGGUCAUCGAGUGAUCAGCCACUGCGCCGGCGAAGAUGCCACGGAUGCAUUCCAGGCCUUCCAUAUCAAUCCCACCUUGGUGCAAAAGUUUCUCAAGCCAUUACUUAUUGGAGAGCUUGCUCCAGGGGAACCGAGCCAGGACCGAGAUAAAAACUCCCAGCUGGUGGAGGAUUUCCGGACCCUGAGGAAGACAGCAGAGGACAUGAACUUGUUCAGAGCAAAUCCUUUGUUCUUCUCUCUUUACUUGGGCCAUAUUAUUGCAAUGGAAGUUCUGGCUUGGUUAAUGGUUUCAUACUUCGGUACUGGCUGGAUCACAACUCUCAUCCUCGCCUGCAUCCUUACAACUUCCCAGGCCCAGGCAGGGUGGCUUCAACAUGAUUUUGGACACCUCUCUGUCUUUAAGAAGUCUUCCUGGAACCACAUCGUCCACAAGUUUGUCAUUGGACACCUGAAGGGUGCCUCUGCAAACUGGUGGAACCAUCGCCACUUCCAACACCAUGCCAAGCCCAACAUAUUCAAGAAGGACCCAGAUGUGAACAUGCUGCAUAUUUUUGUCCUUGGAGAUACACAGCCUGUUGAGUACGGCAAGAAGAAGCUGAAGUACCUGCCUUACAACCACCAGCACGAGUACUUCUUCCUCAUCUUCCCGCCUCUGCUCAUCCCCGUGUAUUUCCAAAUCCAAAUCAUCUCGACCAUGAUCAGGCGCAGGUUCUGGGCGGACCUAGCCUGGGCCAUCAGCUACUACAUGCGCUACUUCAUCACAUACAUCCCAUUCUAUGGCGUUUUGGGAUCCCUGUCUCUCCUCACUUUUGUCAGGUUUCUGGAGAGUCACUGGUUUGUGUGGGUCACCCAGAUGAAUCACAUUCCCAUGGAAAUUGAUUGUGAGAAGCACAGAGACUGGCUUAGCGCUCAGGUGGCAGCCACUUGCAAUAUCGAGCAGUCCUUUUUCAACGACUGGUUCACCGGCCACCUGAAUUUCCAAAUUGAGCACCACCUGUUUCCAACAAUGCCACGGCACAAUUUCUGGAAGGUGAAACCUUUGGUGAAAUCAUUAUGUGCCAAGUAUGGAGUCCAAUAUGAAGAGAAGCCUCUUGGAAAAGCAUUCGUAGACAUUGUCGGGUCCCUAAAGAAAUCUGGAGAUCUAUGGCUGGAUGCUUACCUCCAUAAGUGAACACGAUUCUUAAUGGGGAGGUGUGAGUGACAGGGAGGGAUGGGGGGGUACGCCGGGGGGGGGAAUCACACGUGUGUCUUUUACUCUCAGAUUUCGGUCUAUAUCUACGUGCACAGUUGGAGGGGAGGUUCCUGUCUUGUGAACUGCUACUGGUAUGGGCCCAGGCAACCUGGUUAAUCCAGACAGAUUUAAAAUGUGCUUCAGAGGAUGAAAAGCGAUGCCGGUAUUGCACAAAACAGAAGGUUGGGAGAGGAUGGAGAGAAGGAGUGUUUAAAAAGGGGGCAUUAAUAUCCAACCUUGACCUUCUCUUGACAAGACUCAUUCUAGUUCUACCUAAACCACACAAGCCUCUGACUCACAGGCGCAUAAGACUCGUUAGGCUUCAGUGAGUAUUUACAAUCCCAGGACACCCCAGACAGCUUAUGCCUCGUUCCUCUUUCCCAUAUUUGCAUAAGAAGGGAGCUCAGCACAAAGUUUCAUUUUGUUAUCAAGGAAAAAAAAAUAUAUAUACCAUGGUCCAUGAUCACCAUUGCACCGGGGAGCUCCGGUGGGCUGCGAUGCCCAUCAGCUCUGCCUGCAGGAAUCACAGCCCGUGGGGACCGGCAGCGGCCGUACCAUGAUGGAGCUUUCAGCCCUGCCCAGAGCCCGGCUGUCUUGGGCUCCCUCCUUUCUCUCCCUCUUUUCUUUCUCUAAUCAUAGCAUCACCUUAGUAAAAGCUGUGAUACUGACCCUGCACAACUAACGUCUAACCACCUCUCAGCAGGGUUAACGUAGCUGUAUUUUUAUGACCAGCUCCUAUUCCCAGGGGUCCGUGGAAGAUUUUGGGGCUUAAACAGCAAAAUGUUUCCUUUAGGAGAGGGUCUGUUUUCUCUUUGCUGAGCAACAGGUCUGGCACAGCAUUACGGUUGUAACUUACACAAAAGACCAAAAUGAAGCCACAUAAGCAAAACUUACUAAUUACACUUGUGAGUGCUCCAGCGUAACCACAAAUGGUCUUUUCAGCAGAGCAGUUAGGCAGCGUGCUGCAAAAACGCACGGCUCUGCCUGUCUGCACAUGCCUGGCAGAAACCAAACCUGUUUCUGCUCCUCAGAGGCCAGGAGCAAUGGCUCUGUUUACCCUUCUCUUGGGAACAAUCAGAGAAAAUGAGUUCUUCCUGCAAAAGAAGGAGCUGCCCAACCCUUCAGCCUGGCUCCUGGGUCCUUCCGGGAGGCAGCUGGGAACAGAACUGACCGGGCUGUGCUGGUGAUAAGAAACCUUCUGUGGAACCCUCUUACAAGUUGUCUAAAGCUCUAUUUUCUGCCCAACACCUAAUUACCAAAAUGCAUGAAUGGCUUAUCAGAAGGUAUGGUUGAACAGCUUCCAGGUGCUUCUCUAACAGGCAACCUGAUCCCAAAUAAAUCGAGGGCUUUAGAUUCGGUUGUAAUACAACUGAAGAGACAUACUCUUUAGUUUAUGGUCUCAAAAGCAGUCUCCAGCUCCAAAGGCUGUCUCAUUGCUCACUCAAAACAUGCGGUAGGGAUAUUCUAGUUAUUAGGCAACGACUUUGCAAGCCUCAUUACUUUGCUCAGCUCUGAAACUGGAUCCUCUCUAUUAAAUCCUUCAACGCUAAUAGAGUCCCACAAAAUCAGCAAGGCUCUUCACGAACAGAGACAACUCCAGGACUGUGGCCAGCCACUGGGCGGGGGGGGGGGGGGGGAAGUAUUCCCACCCCCCUCUUUGGAGAAUAAGAUGAGAUUAUUUCUUUGCUUACAGAUGGGAAAUUCACAGGCAGGACUGCAACUUAAACUAGUAAUACUCAUGGUUUGUAAAGGGCUUACUUUGGUGUUCUUGCCCACCCCUAAGCUGGCAAUACCUGAAUAGCACUGUGGAGGAUUAGGAUGAAAAGCUACUGUCUCUGGGCUGUCUGAAGCUCAAACAGACUGAGCAGAUUUUAUAGUUGAUUUCUAAUAGCAUAAACAAUAACGUCCUUCUGGAUGCUGUAAUUUCCCAGACACGUAGUAACGGACUAGCCUGGGAUUGUGGCUAACAUUGUUAAGAUUUGCCUUAAUAUGUGCAUCUUUUUGUGACUCCUCGAAUGUGUCUCUCUGUCUCCGCUCCAGCAAGGAUGACCACAAGCACCCAGUAGCAUCAGCAGCGCAAUCUUUUAAAUAUUCAGCUUAUUUUUCUGACAGUUCGUAUUUUUUUCACCCCUCCAGUUCUUAUUUCCAGAGCAAAUGUUUUCUCAAUUCCGAUGCCUCUUCCUCCUUAGUGCUGUCCCCUCUCACCUUUCUUCUUGGGAAACUGUUUGCUUUUUAACACCUAGAGAAACUGCAAGAAACUGGUAGCUCAGCCUAGAUAAAUAGUCCUGCUUUAGCAGCUUGGCUUCCUUUUUGCCACUGACCGGUCUACUGGAAGAACUGUUUUUCUGCUAAAAACCCAAAGUACUGCCAACACAACAGCCUGGCCUAACGGUGCCUAGGAGACAGCAGCUACUACUGAUGAUGGCUGAAAGAAUUUGAAACAUUCAAGGAGAGCAACCACGCUGCAACGAUCUGCAGAAGAAAAGACCAACUCUUAGGCAAACGGGCAAUUUUUCCCCCCAAGGCCUUAGCAGAAAAUAUUGAAGGGAAGAAAGGGGGGGAACAGGAGAGAUCUUCAUAUUAACUCUCCCCCAGCUACUUGCUUCUUUCAGGUUCUCAAAAAAAAAAAAAAAAUCCCUUUUCACAAAAAAUGUUCAGUUGCUCAAAUCCAGAAAUAAAAACUGUGCAAUGUUAUAGUCAGAAA